GGGGAAUUGGAAUCAAAAAAGAAAGAGUGAGACUGUCUCUUGCAUUCCUUUUUCUUUCCUUUCUUUUCAAAGGCCCUUGGCUUUCGAUUAAAGGAGUUAACAAAAUGAUCAGCAGCGGGAUAGCCUCUUCUUCUACCACUGCUUCUGCUGCGACUUGUGUUCUUGAUGGUAGUUAUGAUAUCUUGUAUGAUGUCUUCUUAAGUUUUAGAGGAGAAGACACCCGGAAGAGUUUCGCUGAUCAUCUUUACACUGCUUUGAAUGGAAAGAGAAUUCACACCUUUAGAGAUGAGGAGGAAAUCAGAAUGGGUGAAGCUUUAGCGCCAGCAAUCUCAAAAGCUAUUAAAGGAUCGAGAGUUUUCGUUGUCAUUUUCUCAAAGAACUUCGCUGAUUCUGGGUGGUGUUUGAAUGAACUUGAUGAGAUCAUGGAAUGUAGGAGGAAAACAGGAAGAAUAGUAUAUCCCAUUUUCUACCAUGUGGACCCGUCCCAUGUGCGUAAGCAGGAGGGGGAUUACGGAACGCCAUUUUCCUUGUACGAAGAAAAUGCAGACAAGGAAAAGAUGGCGAAGAUAAAGAGGUGGAAGGCUGCCUUACGGGAAGCUAGUGAACUAAAAGGAAAACAUGUGGAGGAGCAGCAUGAGUCCGUGGUUAUAAAGGAAGUCAUUAAAGAAAUUUGGGAUGAAAUGGCGUCUAAGCCCUUUAUUAUGGAUUGCCCGAGUACAAAUGAAUUCAUAUUGAAGGACUUGGUUAAGUUUAUGAACAUUCAAUCAGAAGAUGUUCACAUGAUUGGGAUUUAUGGAGAGGAUGGACUUGGCAAAACAGCGAUUGCCCAAGCUAUUUGUAAUGAAAUCUCUUCUCAAUUUGAGGGAUGCAGUUUCCUUGCAAAUAUUAGAAAGGUUUCCAAAGAAUAUUUUGGUCUACAACGUUUACAAGAACAACUUUUUCGUGAUAUUCUAGUGCUAAGAGGAAAUCGAGAAAUAAUCUUUCACAGAAGGAAUGAUGUGAUAAAGCAGAUCUGUUGUAGAAAGGUUCUCAUUAUUCUUGAUGAUGUGGAUGAAUUGGAACAACUGCAAUUCUUAGCGCGAGAAAGCAAUUGGUUUGGCAAGGGAAGUAUGAUCAUUAUAACUUGUACAGACAAAGAGAUAUUAACAAGACACAGCGUGAAAUUAUCAUAUGAGCUUACGAAGUUAAAAAAUCCUGAAGAUGUUCGCCUCUUUACUCAGCAUGCCAUCAGUAAAGGACGAUCCCUCUGUAACAUUCAUAAACUUCUAGAGCGUGCAAUCGAUUAUUGUUGUGGCCUUCCUUUGGCCCUUAAAGUUGUGGGUACUUUUCUUAAAACGAAGACACGAGAACAAUGGGAAAAGGCAUUGGUUUGUUUGGAAAGACAUCAAGGAGAAUUUAACAAGAAAAAUCUAGAGGAUGUGCUUCGCUUGAGUUUUGAAGAACUAAGGGACAACGAGAAGGAUGUAUUCUUUGAUGUUGCAUGCUUCUUCAAUGGAGAGCACAUAAAUUUUGUUACAAAAAUAUUGGAUGGGCGUGGCUUCUCUGCAAAAGAUGGAAUACAAGUUCUCCGUGAUAGAUGUCUCCUAACUAUUUCAGAUCAGAAGUUAUGGAUGCAUAAUUCCAUACAAGAUGUGGGUCGGGAAAUGGUUCGCCAAGAAAAUAAGAAAGAAGGUAAAAGAAGCCGAUUAUGGGAUCAUGAUAAUGUUGAAUACGUCUUGACACAUAAUAAGGGGACUGAUGCAAUUGAAGGCAUAGUUCUAGACUUGUCUGAAUUAAACCAACUACAGUUUACAACUGAAGCCUUUGCAAAAAUGACUGAACUUAGAGUGCUAAAAUUCUUCAUGGGAUGUAAAAAUGUGUGUGAAGAGAGUUGUAAAGUGCUCUUUUCUGGAGAUUUGGAACUUCCUGUUUCUGAUUUAAGAUAUCUCCAUUGGCAUGGAUACCCUUCAGAUUCAUUUCCAUCAAAUUUUCUAAAGGCAGAUGCGCUUCUUGAGCUCCAUAUGCGUUAUAGCUGCCUAAAACAUCUUAAAGAGGACGAGGGAUGUUUUCCAAAGUUAACUGUCCUGGAUCUCAGUCACUCUCGAAAUUUAGUAAAAAUCUCAAACUUCUCAACCAUGCCAAAGUUGGAGAAACUAAUUCUUGAGGGUUGUACAAGUUUGCUCGAGAUUGACUCAUCUAUUGGAGAUCUGAAUAAACUUAUUUUCUUGAAUUUGAAUGGCUGCAAAAACCUUGAUAGUCUUCCCAGCAGCUUUUGCAAAUUGAAAUUUCUUGAAACCCUUAUUGUAUCUGGUUGUUUCAGACCAGAGGAAGUGCCGGUUGACUUGGCGGGACUGCAAAUCUCAGGGAACCUGCCCGAAAAUAGAACUGCUACGGGUGGAAGUACAAGUCAAGUUUCUUUGUUUGGUUUAUGCUCAUUAAGGGAAUUAGAUCUAAGUGAUUGCCAUCUAAGUGAUGGAGUGAUCCCCAGCGACUUUUGGCGAUUAUCCUCCUUGGAAAGAUUAAAUCUAAGCGGAAACGAUUUCACUGUAAUUCCAGAAGGCAUCGCUCAACUUUCGAAGUUAAGUUUCCUUCAGCUAGGAUAUUGCCAGAGGCUUCUAGGAAUCCCAAAUCUUCCCUCGACCGUCCAAGAAGUGGAUGCACAUGUCUGCAGUUCCCUGAGACCUUCAUCCAACUUCAGAGAUGCAACAACCAUAUUAUGGAGAAUUCAGAACCUUGCACCAAAUAACGAAUUCUGUAUUCUUCUUCCUGGAAGUGGAAUUCCGGAUUGGUUCGGCGAUAGGAAAAUGGGAUGUUCAGUGGCAAUAGAGAAGCUGCCUCCGGAAUGGCAUCAAGUUAACUUCCUGGGCUUUGCUGUAUGCUUUGUAUUUGCGUCAGAGCAUGAAAUACCUGAGCACACUCCUGUAGUAUCAUGUAAAAUAAAUGAUUUCAGAUUUUCCUACGCUUUCUCAUGUGGCCGUGGAGAAAAUGAAUUUGUUGAGUCAGAUCACCUGUGGCUGGCAUACCAACCACGCGCUCGAGUUGAAAAUUUUCACCCUUACGAUUGGACUCAAAUUAAGGCUUCAUUUGAAGUCUUUGGCAUCGGUACACGCAAUAAGGUAAAGGAGUGUGCCAUUAGUCUUAUAUACGCUGAUAGGUAGAGAUUACAACAGAACGGAGAUGGUGGCAUCAUCCAGGUUUUCGUCCAACUUUCAACAGCUCUUUUCUGUAGUUUGAUUUUGAAUUUUUCUCCAAAGAAAGGCUUUGUGAUUCAUAUGUGUGAACUUAUUGGCAGAGUUACAGGAAAUUGAUUUCCAAUGGAAGCUUCAUUAUCACUUGCUGGUGCAGUUACAUGAAGGCAAAAAUAAAUCCA